AUGGACUAUAGCUUACCUGUCCGUGAACGUGCACUGGCCAAUCCUAAAGUGUUAGCCAAUAAACGCAGGGAAGCGAUCGAAGAAAAUUCUAGACACGUAUGGCUUCAGAUCCCUCAAAAAGGUAUCCCUCGAGGAAGACGGAUAAUCACCCAAACAAAAGCAUCCGAGGAACUGCAAAUAAAGGCCAGUAGAUUGAUGAGAGAGAGGAAAGCGGAUAAGGAGGCAGUCGAGCGAGCUAAGAAAGAUGACGAAGUGCGCAAAGUCAAACGUCAGGCUCGAAAACUCAACUUCCUCUGUGGGCAACAAAAUCAAAACAAAGAGACCGGUGGCGCUGCCCCCAUUGCUGGUGAUCAACCUGGUCCUGUAACUGUGGCCACAAGUACAGGAGCCACUGUUCAACUGCUCGAUGACUUGGCGAAUGGCGGCGCAGAUGCUGAUUUGGCAGCUCUCAAUUUUGAUGAUGAUGUCGACUCCAAUCUACAUGCGCAUGCAGCGCGCAACGCGCGAUUGGCAGUAGAUGCUGCCAAGCAACGGGCUCAGGCCUUUGAUACCGCGGCUGCCCAACAGCUUGCAGCCACUACACCCGAUGCCGUUGCCCCCAAUACUGCUACCGCCGAUACUGCUACUCCCGCCGGUAAAGAAGGGAACAAAAUGGUCACAGGAAUUGAUAUUGACCUCAACUCCCAGAAUCCUACCAUGGCUGGUGAUAUACAAGUCAAACAACCCAAGAUGCUUAUGGCAGAGCUCAAAGAAUAUCAGCUGAAGGGUUUGAAUUGGCUGGCAAAUCUGCAUGAACAAGGUAUCAACGGUAUCCUUGCAGACGAGAUGGGACCCAGAAAGACGUUGCAAUUUAUCUCAUUGAGGGCGUAUCUGGCCGAAGUGCAUAACAUUUGGGGACCUUUUCUAGUCAUUGCUUUGGCUUCUACCCUACAUAAUUGGCAGCAAGCAAUCACAAGGUUCGUUUCGGCGUUGAAAGCACUGCUUUAUUGGGGUAGCGUCCAGGACCGAGCGAUUUUGCGAAAGUUUUGGAAUUGGAAACAUUUACGGUAUGAUGGGGAGGCCCCGUUUCAUGUGGUCAUCACCAGUUAUCAAUUGGUGGUACAAGAUGAAAAAUAUUUCCAAACCUUGAAAUGGCAAUACAUGAUAUUAGAUGAAGCACAAGCCAUCAAAAUCUCAAGUAGUACACAUUGGAAGACUCUGCUUGGGUUUCAUUGCAGAAAUCAACUAUUAUUUUGGGUUGUUGUGUGA